GGAGGCCACGGCGGCGGAGGACAAGGAGGAGGCGACUGCGGCUGCGGAGAAGGAGGAGGCGAAGGCGCCAGCCGUAAAGGAGGAGGCGAAGGGGGCGGAGGAGAAGGAGGAGGCCAAGGCGGCGGAUGAGGCUGCGAAGGAGGCAGCCGCGAAGGUACAGGUGGUGGCGGCGGCACCGACUUCGGCAGCUGCGGCGGAGGCGGUGGACAGUAAAACGACUCGCGUAACUAAAAGUGACAUUGAAAAAAAGGAGAAGUCUCGCCCGAAAAGACGCUUGGUGCGUCUGUCGACGGCGACUAAAGAGUCUACACAAACUUCGAAGUCUUUCAUGCAAAAACACAGCAUUACAGAGCACCCAAUAAUCGUCGACAUCCCCCCCUCCUCGGAUGAUACAUCAAGAUUAAAAAAGGGAAAAACACUAAAAUUGAAGGUCACAAGAUCCUCACCGCCCCUGGAAUUAAAGUACUACGGCAAGGGUGAGUUACCGAAGGAGGAUCAGGAGCGAAUUGAAAAAUUCCUGACAAGCACCACCCCCUCCGCAUUAGUACUGCCUUCGAAAGAUAUUGACAUCGGGAGGAAGGACUUGGUUGACCUAACAAGUCACAUGGCCUUCGUCAGCUCCGAUGUUAUUAACGCCUACCAGAAUUUACUCAAGGAGGCGGAAGGGGACAAGUGCAUAUACACGACGUCAUUCCUUUAUCAGACCCUAGGGACUGCAAUGAGCCCCGAGAUGUUUUUGGUCGACAUCACCGAGGAGAGGAUCAAUGAGGCGAAAUACUGGUUCAUCCCGCUCUUCGACUUCGAACACUGGCAUUUGCUGGCUGUUGAUCUCCAAGGCGGGAAGUACCUCCACUUAUCAUCCAUUAAAAACCCUAAAUACAACGCGGGGUUUGAAAAAGCAUGUAAAUUCAUAGGAAAUUAUUUACAAGAACAUUUUUCUGAUUUGUUUGGGCGCCGCGGUACCCGUCCCGUCGACUGGGAGAUGAUCAAUCUGGAAGAUAUCCCCAUGCAAGAUCAGUCAAAUGACUGCGCAAUCUUCCUGUUAGCAUACGAGGAAUACUUGCAGAAGGGGAGGAAUUUGGACUUCUGCCAGGAGGAUAUGACGAGGAGACGCGGCGAGAUAGCAGCAGAAUUCUUGCGUCUUUUUGACACGUAAUAAUUCGACGCUGGUUCGAGUUACAAUUCUUUCAUAUGUACGAUCAUUUUUUUCACAGUAUGACGAAUUGGUGUACAUAUUGUAAUUCUCAUUACCUUUGCUAUAAAUAUAUGGGUAGGAAUUUACUUGUAAUGUUUGUCGUUACACUAUUUAGUAGAAUGUUGAACUAUUAUCCGUCCAUGCUUCAAGGUGUUUGCACUGGUGCGAACUAUUGUUGCACGCUUAGAUAGCAGUUACAUGAUAUCAGCUGGCAUUUCUCUUCUCGUUGCACUAUUAUCUCAGACUUGUUUGGUUUCACAUAUUUCGGAAAAGUAAUACCCGAACAGCAAACAUCGGGGCUGGCGAAUACUAAACAAAAUGCAAAAAAAGUGCAAUACUAAAGAGAUAUUACAGUAACGUUCGUCAUAACGGUGCAACGAUAGGCUGUAAUAAUAGUGCAACGCCAGGGAACAAAAUGGAAUAAAACUUUCAU